CUGCGGCGCGCGCGGUUGGUUGCUGCAAAGGGCGCCGGCGGGGCCCGCCUGAGGAAAGCACAUUAUAGAUUGUAUUUUUUCCCCCUUCUUCCAUGGACUUAGUGUAAACAUAUUUUUGUUUGAACUUAGUUUUUUAAAAUCAUUACCAUAGAUUCAUAUCAAAUAUUAAAAAAUCAGAGGUGGUUAAACCAUGAGUUGUGGAAAUGAGUUUGUGGAAACAUUGAAAAAAAUUGGUUAUCCCAAAGCUGAUAUUCUUAAUGGAGAAGAUUUUGACUGGCUGUUUGAGGCUGUUGAAGAUGAGUCAUUUUUGAAAUGGUUUUGUGGAAACAUGAAUGAACAGAAUGUAUUGUCUGAACAAGAAUUGGAAGCCUUCAGCACUCUUCAACAAUCAGGCAAGCCCGUCCUAGAGGGAACAGCAUUGGAUGAAGUUCUCAGAACCUGUAAAACUUUUGAUUUGAAGACACCUAUACUGGAUGACAAAGAGAUACAGAAAUUAGAGGAUGAGGUUCAAACUCUGCAGAAGUUAAAUAACUUAAAAAUUCAGCAACGAAAUAAAUACCAGUUAAUGGCUUCCGAAACUAACUACAAGUCUCUGACAUUAAAUGCUAAGCAAGAAGAAGCCGCUAAGAAGCUGAAACAAAAGCAAGGAUUCCUAAAUGCUGUGAAUACUAAGCUCAGUAAUGAACUUCAAGUUCUUACUGAUGGAAUUAAUAAUUUGAUGAUAUUCUUCAAAAAUUCUAAUUUAGGUCAAGGGACAAAUCCAAUGGUGUUUUUAUCUCAGUUUUCAUUGGGAAAAUAUAUAAGCCAAGAAGAGCAGAGCACAGAAGCCUUAACCUUAUAUACCAAAAAGCAAUUCUUUCAGGGUAUUCAUGAAGUAGUUGAAAGUUCAAAUGAAGAAAAUUUUCAGCUUUUAGAUAUACAAACACCAUCUAUUUGUGAUAAUGAAGAAAUUCUUGGGGAGAGACGACUGGAGAUGGCUAGACUGCAGAUAGCAUACAUCUGUGCCCAACAACAGAUCAUAUACUUGAAAGCGAGUAAUUUGAGCAUGGAGUCAAGUAUAAAAUGGGCAGAAGAGAAUCUUCAUAGCCUAACCAGCGAGGGUAUUGUUAAAGAAAAUUUGGAUGCUAAAAUUUCUAGUUUGAACAGUGAGAUUCUAAAACUUGAAGAACAAAUCACUCAUAUAAAAGAGAAAAUUUUGCCUGCUGUGGUAAAAGAGAAUGCACAGUUAUUGAACAUGCCGGUUGUAAAGGGAGAUUUUAAUCUGCAGAUUGCUAAACAAGAUUAUUAUACAGCAAAACAAGAGUUAGUUUUAAGUCAGUUGAUAAAGCAGAAGGCAUCAUUUGAGCUUGUACAGCUAUCAUAUGAAAUUGAGUUGAGAAGACAUUGGGAUACAUAUCGGCAACUUGAAAAUUUGGUUCAACAACUUAGGCAAAGAAACAUGGUGCUCUGCCAGCAGUUAACAAGGCUAACAGGUCUACCGGCAUCUGAGCGGUUAAGCUCAAGGACUCCCAUCAACACUAAGGAUUAUUCUGCUCAUAGGCUUUAUCAACUUUUAGAGGGAGACAAUAAGAAAAAAGAAUUGUUUAUAACCCAUGAACACCUGGAGGAAGUAGCUGAGAAAUUGAAACAAGAUGUUUCUCUAACACAAGAUCAGUUGACUGUAUCUACUGAAGAGCGUUUUUUCUUUCUGUCUAAACUGAAUAAUGAUGUGGACAUGCUUUGUGAUGCUUUGUACCAUGGAGGGAAUCAGCUAUUGCUUUGUGAUCAGGAGUUAAUGGAGCACUUUCAUCAAGUUGAAUCUCAGCUGAAUAAAUUAAAUCAUCUCCUUACUGAUAUUCUUGCUGAUGUGAAGACAAAAAGAAAAGUUUUAGCAACAAAUAAAUUGGAUCAAGUGGGAAGAGAAUUAUAUGUAUAUUUUUUUAAAGAUGAAGACUAUCUAAAAGAUAUUGUGGAAAAUUUAGAAAACCAGUCAAAGAUUAAGGCUUCUGGUCUUAAAGAUUGAAGAUUUUUAAAAAUGGAGUUCUUAUAUGCCUACUAUGUUUUCAUUUUUAAGUAUCAGGAGACUAUAUCUAAUAAAUGCUACUAAUUUUUCUCACAUA